AUUGAGUUUAGUUUAGGACAGUGAGGUACUUUAGCUCAGUCAUGAUUUAGUGUUACUUAAACACACCAUACUCAACAUCUAGUCCUAUUUAUACCUGCUAUGUUUACAUAUUACUUUACUGUGUUUUGUGUUCAAGUAAUAUUGAAUGUGGGAUGCUAAAAUUAAAUAUUGGAUACUAAAAAGCCAUAUAUCUAUAAUCAAUAUAAUCCAAUCCAAUAUAAUAUAUAAGAAAAACUACUGCUGCAUAAGGAAACGUUUUGAGCAGCUGAGUGCAACACUGGAGAACCUGUGUUAAUGUUUUGACUUUCCUGGUAGGAUGUUAAUACUACUUUAUUACGAUUCGUAUUACGAUGCUCCUCCUUUCCUAGAUGUGCACAAGACGAGCUGUACAGUUGUGUAAAUAUAGCACCCAGGCCAGUCCACGCACGUUAGUCACACGUUUAUGCAGAAUACGCAGGUCAGUUAGUGGCAUGAGAGGGUCUUAGAUAGAGUUUCCCCCGCGCCUUCAGUGUUAUUAAUAAACACAAAGUGUGUCUCUUUUCUUAAAGUGUUCAUUGCUGGUUGAACCGUUCAACAGAACAAAGGAUUGUAGCCAAAAGGAUUCUGCCUGAUUACAUUUGAAGCUAAUCUCUCAACUAAUGGACAAUCAAGGAUCAGCAGAAAACUACAAACACGCAGCGUCCACUGAAGCCGUGGGAUUUGUUGAUGAGGUUAUGGAAAACAGCGGCGCAGGGAUGAUUAUUCCCCUGUAUGAGAUCACACGAUUACAAAUGGACCAGGCAGCCAUGGACAACUUGGGACAGGCUUUUGAGCGCAGCAUCCAGCGAGUGUCCCGUCUGGAGGAGCAGAGGGACGAGCUGAUACGGGAGCUCCUCCGUCUGCAGGAACCCCUGCUGCGAGUCGUGGGGCAUCUGAGGGGGAGGCUGGCGGCGACGCAGAGGCUGCUCACGCUGACACAGCUGGACGUCUUGGCCGUUCAGGAGGAAGUGCAGCAGGUGAAGAGGAAACUGUUCGCCGCAACCAGAGACUGCAUCGAGAGCCAGGUCGCGCUGGCUGCACAGGAGUAUGAGGUGGCUCAGUCUGCUGUCACACAGGAGGAGAUGAAGACCCAUCUCCAAAGUCUGACGCAGGAGGUGUCACAGUUGCAGAAAACCCACCAGAACCAGCUCAACUCCCUGAGCAACCAGGCCACUAGCAGCUGGAGGCCCAGAACCAUGAGCGACAUUGGCCAGUGCCGACAGGCAUCUGUCAGACUGCAGCGGCGACUCAGCGGCAGCGUGAAGGCACUGGAGGGCUGGUACGAACCUCGGAUCAUGGUCCUGCUGAGGAGGAAGCAGUUUGGGGAGGAUGCCUUGAGAAAGAGCAGAGAGCAGGCGAUGGACCUGAAGGCCAGCCUGGGGCCCCUGAGAGACAACAUACAGAGACUGGAGGUGCAGAGAUCUUGUCUUGAACAGAAGAUCACGCUGAUGAAGAAGGAGAGGGAAGACAGUGUCAAAGAACACAAGGAGACUGUGGAGAAGCUGGGAGAGACUCUGCAGGGACUACAGGUGGAGUUUGAGGUUCAAAAGAAAGACAAGAAUGAUUUAGAGAAUCUUAAAGACAGACUUUUAACAGAGCUGACAUUUCUCAGAGGCCAUGAUGAGCCCCGUGAAACUGUUGGAGAUUCCUUUCUUUCUAAUUCCAGUGGUUAUUUCUAAUGUAUUUUGUAUGUUCAGAGAAAUAACGCAAAGACAUUGUGUAAAUAUUUUUAUGAAUAUACUUAAGUACACAAGAUGCAGCAAAGAAACAAAUGAAACAGACAAGCGACAAUAUGGAAAAAAUUAUACUACGCAUAUCAAGCAAAAAAGACAAAACCUAAGUAUGUACAAUUCUAAUAAAAAUUGAUCUUUAUUUUCAGUACAACUAAUCAAAGUUAAGAAUGGAACCAUUAACCUGAACGAUAAUACAAACGUCUGUGGUGGUUUAAGACAAGACAGGACCAGAAACAUGGGAGAUUGGAAAAAAAAAAAAGGAUCUAAAAUUCCAGGACCAAUACAGACUUAUUUUAAAUACUUCACAAGUUGAAGACAAAGCAGCGUUGAAUUCUUAAAUUUUCUACAAAAACACUGUUGUCCAAAAUGUAUGUUUAAAAAGACAUUACCGCUUAUGAACCCAGAGCUGGAAAAUAGAUCAAUUUUUAACAAGCCGGUAAAGACAUCAAGCCUGGACUCAUGCCUGGACUUCUGAAUCUGCAGCACCUUCUGGGUCCUCGUCAUUGUAGAUGUUUUCAGCCUGCAGUACAAACAAUUUAUUGUAAGAUGCCCUGCUAUGAUAAUAAAUGUACUUAACAACA